AUGACAGAAUCCUUUUACCACAGCGCUGAAGACUUCUUCUCAUCGACUACUAUAAGCGAACAGGUUAUGAGCCCAAACGGGUUGUCUGACGACAACUACACGGCACAGGCGCCGCCAACUACCAGUCACGCAAGGGCUGCGUCGGAGCCUGCCGUGGUCGUACCAUCGCACGCUCACGCAAGGAGCGCGGACAAUGAUGCGCUGGAGAAGGUUCUCAAGUUGCUAAGCGGCAUGGACGAGCGCGUUAAGAAGAUGGAGCUGUCCCAGGCAAGGAUUCACCAAGACGAGCGCAUGCGCGGAGCAGUGGACAGCGGAAUAUUUACCUCAAUGCUUGGCGCGGACUUCGCGGGCAAGAUUCACUGUGACGCGCUUGACUGCUCAGACUUGACAAGCCACCAAGCGCGCUUGUGUGUCGAUCGUCAGCGUGCGCAGCGCGCACAGCAGCCGCCUAUCCAGAUACCAGCGUAUAAGCCUUCGCCUAUGCCACAUCGACAGGAGUCACCAGCUGCGCCGAUGCAAUCGCCUUUGCCAAUUCAGUUUCGGACUCCCGACGCGAGGCAGCGCAAGCUCGCGAUACGGAAGUUCGAUGGGACCAAAGUUUACGUCGGACUCGGGUCCGGCUUCUUCGACUGGGGCAAAACUUUCUGGAGGCAAGUAGACAUGGCUCAGGAGUCGUGCGGAUUCCUGUGGACCAAAAACGUCAAGACUGAUGUUCUUGGCCAGUACCUGACUGGCACAGCAGAGCGCUACUUCAGCAAGCAGGUCGACACGUGGUGGGCCGUGCUACCGACUCUACAGUACGUUAUGCAGCGAAUGCUUGAUAAAUUUAAGACGACAAUCACCGCAGCCCAAGCAAUGAAGCUGUUCACGACAAGGAAGGAAGGCAAGCGCUCGUGGCCGGAGCACUACCUGUACCUAGUCGCAUUCAGCGAUGCGGCUGGUGGCGCUGAGCAGCAGGUGCUUGAAAAUAUCGUGCGGUAUACAUCGCUUGAGCUGUCGACGAUUCUGAUGGCCAAGUACGAGACGCAUCGUGUCGACUACCUAGUGCACGCCGAAGAGCUCGCACAUUUCGCGCAGGCAAUCGAGAUGGAAGCUCGACCGGGACGCUUAUUUGAAAAGGAGGUUGUCGCCCACGUGGAUGAGUCCACACCGCGAAAGGAAACGCGUACCUGCUAUGGAUGUGGCAAGAUGGGACAUGUUAAAGACGACUGUCGUAGCAGGAGAACUAGCGACAAGAACAGCAGCCGUCGCGGUAAGAGCGGUGGCAACAUUGUACUUGCGAUUGGCGAAGGCAUCAGCAAUAAGGGCGAGCGUCAUGCCAAGUGUAAUUUGACACUGUCAAUUAGCAAUGAAAGUGACGAAGAAAGCGACGACUGGAUUCUGGACAGUAGAUCCAGUCGCCACCUCGUCAACAACGCGUCUCUACUACAAGGUGUGCGAGACUGCGAGCACGAUGCUACCUAG